AUGGCGCCUCGCGUGCUGCUGGUGCUGGUGCUGGCGUGCGCGAUCAUCGCGGCGAGCGGGAUGGAGCUGGAUGAACCCUCGGCGGAGAAAGGCAUUGUCUCUGAGUCCAGAAAGCUUCUUGGAUGCGGUCACAGCAAAUGCAAGAAGAAGGAUGGUAAGUACGGGUACUCCGGCAAGAAGAAGGGUGCCGACAGGGACUCCGGAAAGAAGGAUGACGGCGGGUACAGCAGCGGGUACAGCGGCGGGUCCGGCGACGGGUACGGCGGCGGGUCCAGCGGUGGCAUAGAUAGCUUACUCGGCGGCGGGUCCGGCGGCAUAGGGGGCUUGCUCAGCGAUGUCACUGGCUAG